UGAAUCUGUAAACCACUUUGGGCAAUCUGAACAUUUUAACAAUAUUAAUUCUUCCAAUCCAUGAAUUUGGGAUAUCUUUUCAUUUAUUUGUAUCUUCUGCAAUUUCUUUCAUCAAUGGCUUAUAAAGGGUGUCCCAAAAUUCAUGCAAGAUUUGAAUUUUACGCCAUUUGUGCAAUAAAGUGUUGCCAAUGGAAAAGAAAAAAAGAUAGCAUGACAGCUGACAGUUCAGGGUUAUUAAAAAUGGAGCGCUACACAAAAGAACAAUGCGUUUUCAUUGUUGAGCAAUAUUUUAAAAAUAAUGGAGUUGAUGCUGAUUUUCCGAACAAAAUCAUCUUCAGCGCUGAGGCUCAUUUUCAUCUUGAUGGCUUGGUUAAUCGACAAAAUUGUCCCAUUUGGGGUUCAGAAAAUCCACAGGUGAUUGUUGAGAGACAAAUGCAUCCACAGCGUGUCACUGUUUGGUGCGGAUUUGGGGCUGGAGGCGUCAUCGGACCAUUCUUCCUUGAAAAUGCAGCCGCUCAGGCAAUAACGGUUAAUGGUGCUCGCUAUCGCGACAUGAUAAUCCAGUUUUUUGUGCCUAAAUUGCAAGAUCUGGAUGUGGACGACAUGUGGUUUCAACAAGACGGUGCCACAUGCCAUACAGCCCGAGAAACAAUUCAAUUACUGCAUGAGUCAUUUCCUGGUCGUGUAAUUUCCCGUUUUGGUGGUCCGAAUUAGCCGCCCAGAUCAUGCGAUUUAACGCCGUUGGACUUUUUUCUUUGGGGUAAUUUGAAGUUUAAGGUUUAUGCUAACAAGCCCACGACCGCCCAUGCCUUGAAGGAAAUUGAGCGCUGUAUCAACUAAAUUCAGCCACAUUUAUACAAAACGGUCAUGGGAAAUUUCAACAAAAGAGUGCGUAUGUGCCAGCAAAGCCGUGGAGGCCAUUUACCCGAUAUGCUAUUCCAUACAUAACCGUAUACUGUAUACUUUAUGAAUCAAUAAAAAAUUUACAAUUUUUAAUUAUAAACCUGUGUUUUCUAUCAAAA